AUGACCUCAUUAAAUCGGUUACUGUUCGCUUUUAAAGAAGCAUUACAGUUUGCUGCCGAUGAUCUUUUCUUAGUGACAUUAUCCGAGGUAGAAGACAGUAUUGCAUAUAUUUCACAUAAAUUCGUUGUUAGAAAUAUCAUGAGGAAAAUUGCUAUCAAAUCCACGACUGGAAUGGGUCGAACUUAUACUUUCGACAUUGACUCUUCGAUCACACUCAAACAGCUAAAACAGCAAUUCUUGCAUAGAACAGGCAAUCCAAGCGAUGAAAAAACUGUACAGCUUAUAUAUAAAAAGGAAAUCCUUUAUGAAGAUGAAGAGCACGAUUAUCUUUUAUCUGCGUAUGGUAUAGAAGAUGAUGCGUUGUUACAGGCAGUUAAUAUCAAUAGUCGUACUUGUGGAUUUCGACCACCGACAUUCGUCGAUGUCAGUAAUGGUAAAGGUUUAGUGAGAAAGAAUUGGGGAAAAUAUGCUCCCGAUUGGCGAAUUGCAUGUCCUGGUCUAUGCCUCGAAGGUGUAUGUCAAAAUCAAAGUUGUAAAGCAUAUCAGCAACGAGUGAUUAUGUCUAUGGGUUUUAUCAGAUUCAAUAUAACUGUAGAUCCAGAUACUGACACAACGAAAUGUCCUUCGUGUCAAGUCUUUGUUAAUCCAACUACAUGUGCAUUUAAUAAUUGUUGGUGGAAAUACAGCGGGAAGAAGCAAGAGGGUGAGAAAGCACCCGAGAAAUGUUCAUGUGAUUGGCAGUAUGCUGAUAAUGCGUAUCAUUAUUUUGAUGAAGAUAAAAGCGGAACGGUUACAUGGAAAGAACUGAUUGUGGAAACUACGCAAAAUAAACCUUACUAA